AUGGAGAGUUUCUGCUACCUCACUAGUGCAUCAGAAGAAGAAGAUGAAGAUAAUGAAGAAGAUGAAGGAUAUGAGAAUGAAAUUAAUGAUGAUGAGGAAAAUGAUAAUGAAGACAAUUUAAAAGAAGAUAACUAUAAUGAAGAAAACUAUGAUUUUAAGUAUGAUAAUGAAAAUUAUCCUAAAAAUAAAUUUAAUUAUGGGAAUUUCAAUAAUGACAUAGAUAAUAAAAUGAAAUGUACUAACGAAAAACACGAUACAGAUAAUAACCAAGAAACGGAAAAUACAACACUUCAAAAUGAUUUUGAAAAUCCUGAGGUGAUAGAAUCAGUAGAUAAUCGUCCACCCCCGAAACCAUCCCCUAUUGAAAUCUCAUUAUCCAGCCGAUUUUAUCCAAAUAAAAAUAUUGUAGAAUAUCGUGACAAAAUGUCUAUGAGGAAAGACAAUUAUCUAUAUUUUACAACCAUCGAAGGAGAACCUCGAGAUUUGGGGUCAAGCAUUCUCGAAAAACGACAACAUUUGCCAAAAUUUUCCAAACUUCGAAAAGGAGUCGCGAAAGAAAUUAGAAAAGUCCAGUCCCUCGAGGCAGCGCGGCCGAGUGAGGCUCCGGGAGUUUCAGGUCAAGCUUAG